GUUGUAGGACCGUCGCAACCUCUCUGCCCAACAAUGCUACUGAGGCUCGCCCGGCCUUACUUCACUCUAAUCAGUGGUAGAAGAAUGGCGCUGCUCGGGGAGGAUCAGGUGACCAGAGCAGCAGCAGCGUUGGGUGAUAAGAGCAUGUCCAUUAAUAUUGGUGGGAUGCGGGCACCCUACAAGUGUCAGAGAGAGGCAUUUACUGAGAAUGAUCUAGUGGCUAAAGAGCCAUUUGCACAGUUUGCUGCCUGGUUUGAUGAAGCAAGACAGACUCCAGGCAUCUUAGAGACUAAUGCUAUGUGUUUAGCAACUGCCACAAAGUGUGGCAAACCUUCAGCUCGUAUGGUGCUCUUGAAGGGAUAUGGCAAAGAUGGAUUCAGUUUUUUUACUAAUUACAAUAGCAGGAAAGGGCAAGAGCUGGUAAGGUGAAAGUUAUAACAUGUAGCUUUGUAUCAUGGCUAUGCUGGUUUAUUCAGAGAGAGAGAUUUCUUGAGAUCUGUACGUGUUGAAGGAUACGUGGAGAAGCUGAGUGAAGAAGUAUCCACUGAGUAUUUUCAUUCUCGCCCCCAAGGCAGUCAGAUUGCAGCUUGCAUUAGUCCACAAAGUCAGGUAAGGCAUGUUUUAAGCGAUUUAGAUGGGAAAGAUGGGGGAAGGGAGGAAGAAAAAGAUGAGGAUAAGGUGAUCCCCAAACCAGAGGGGGCUGUUUGGGGCGGCUUUCGAGUUGUGCCAGAAGUGAUAGAAUUCUGGCAAGGGCAAACAUCACGUGUUCAUGACAGAAUUUGCUUCAGGAAGCUCAUGACAGACGAGGUUAUUGAUGAAAGUCUGACGAAACCAGGGGAAGAUGGAUGGGUAUAUGAAAGACUUGCCCCGUAGACACUUAAAAUAUUGAUUCAUUUGAAAAGUGGGUUCAUCAUAUUGAGUGUACUAUACUGUACUGGAUUUCUAUUUCCAUUCCCAAUAGUAUACUCCAGUUCUCUAUUAUUCUUUCUUCAUAUUAACAUUAUGUGUGACAUUGUCAAUGGUCCAAGUUGGAUUGAAAUGUCGUCGUAAGCUUCUCUCUUCUGUGUGCGGGUUAUUUGUGUUUGUUCCAGUCACGGCAUUGUGGUUUUUUUGUUCUUUAAGGGUUGAGCAUAUUUUGUGAUAAUAGUAAUAACAAAUCUAGUGAGGAAAGGGUGCUGAAGAGUGACUUAAACAUAAAUUAUUGUGUGUCAGUUGCAGCAAUCAUGGUUUCAGUUUCAAUUACUGCCUUCGUUUUCGUUUUAGAUAGGUAUAUUUAAAUAUCGAUAUAACGUGCUUCUGAGUAAUAGAAUUUGGAUAAAACAGACAAAAUAUUUGGCUUGAUAGGCUUUAUGCAGUGGACUUAAGUCUGCUUCACUGGGCAUUUGUCUAGCAUGGAAUUUCACUUAUCUAAGCUCAUUCUCCAGGGAAUACUGAGGGAUUCAUGUUAGAGGUAUUUUACACUUCUUUAUAAAUAGGGAACUGUGAAAUUAUUAAUGAUUUUACUGCAUUUUAUUCCUCAGUGUUCAGGUACCCAAUGUAUGGAUAUAUCACUACUAGCAUCUAUGGGGUUUGUGUAGCUGAUUUGAAUCUUGAAACUGGAAUAGGGAAUUUUGCAUGUCCCAAUUUCUUAAGUGUAGUAUAAUUUUACUUUGUCAGUACGAGAUCACAUUAUGGUCUUCCAACUUCUAAAAAUGAAUCAAAAUCUGUGCAAAGAAAAAGUGAACAUUUUCAAAUGCUAUUUACAUAAUACAUUCAAAUGAACAUGGGCAAGCUGUUCAAUUGAAUAAAGGUACAAUGUUUAGUUGAACAAGAGCAAAAUGUUUGAGCAUAAAAUAUGUUUAAAUUAACAAAACUGAUCAGGUUCAGCUAAUUAUGUAUAUAAUAUUCAGUUGAAUAUAUUGUAAAUGUUAAAUAUUCAGUUGAACCAAUAUUGAAUAUUGUAAAAUGAUCAUAUGAUUAUGACUAUAUUUAAUAUUCCAUUGAAUAUUAAAAAAAUGUUCAGUCAAAAAUGUGUAAAAUAUUCAUAUAAAAACAUUUUUAUUUUAAAUAUUUAGUAGGCUGUUGAUUAAGAUGUGACAUUCUAUAACAUUUUCGAUACAAGACUAUUGCAGAAUGGUGGCACACUUUUGCUCAUAACUCCAUGAUAUUCACCUAUGAUGGAGCAACUUCAGGGGGAAAAAAAAUAUGGAGUGCCACGAGGCUGGACUGUAGGAACUUUCCCCUCUUGUCUAGUGGGCAGCCAGCGUGUGGGUCAGAUCUUUGCAAGGGAAUAAGUAAGUGUAUUUAGGUACAGGUGCACACAAGUAAACUUAUCAUUUAUAGUAACACAUGUAAAUUACCUCGGAUAACCAUAUGUUCUUCAGUUUGUUUUAGAUUUUUUUUUUUUUUUGUCUUGUAUGUCAUGUUCAUGGAUGUAAUUACUGCCAUAAUUGACAGUCUGUUUAAUAAUAAGAUUUAUAAAAUGUUCAGUUAAAUGUUAUAGAGUAUUGAACAUUAAUUUGUUCAAGUGAACACUAAUAUAUGGUCAGCAUGAGUACACAUUUUGAAUAUUAGCCAGAUUUUAGAGUAAAUGUUAGUAGAAUAUAUUCAUUGAACACAGUUGAUUUUUUUUCAUUUGAAUAUAAAGUAUUUAAUUAUUCCUUUUUAUAAAUGUUCAUCUGAAUAUAUUCAACACGUUACAUUGAACACCUGUGUACAGUUUUAUUUCACAUAAAAAAAAAAAAAAAAAAAAUUACAAUUGAGAACUGUUCAAUAUGUUGGUGAAAUCAAAUGUUUCAUAGGUUGUAAGUCUGUUUAAACCUCCAACUGGUUCUGUUACUAAAAUCAUGUGUCAAGAGCCCUUCACCAAUAUGAAGGCAUUAUUGUUGAAGGGGAGCAGAUCUGUUAAGGAUCACAUAGGUAGACAUAUAUAUAGAACCUACCUCUUAUUUCUGUGUGGGUACAAGCCUCUGCGUAAAAAGCUUAAUUGAACAAAGAGUGCAUGUGAACACUAGUUGAAUAUGUUAAAGGUUCUCUAUCUUAUUGAACAUUUCCAGUUAUUUUAAUAGAAACAUUGUACGGUAUGUACUGAUCAAGACGUUUACUAAGAAAUCAUUUUCCCAUGAGUGGCUUUUUUUUUCAGCUCUAAUUCAGAGUAGCUAGAACAAGCAGUGUGUAUAACAAGAUCUGGUGAACAAGUAGAAUGAUAGAGGUGGAAUUGGUUACAUCUACCCAGGGUGAGCUGGUAGGCUUCCUGCCGUGCCCUCUGGUAUAACUUGGUGUCUUCUAAUGGUAGAGUAACUGCUGAGUAGCAGUGUUAUUGCCAUCAGGUGUAUGGUAGUACCAAGUUAAACCAGUACUGCAAGAGGCCUACUAUGCCACUCUGGGAAGAUGCCACCAACUCAACAUCUGUUUUGUUGCCUCAUUUUCAACCUACGUGUAGAUUCACCUGACUUCUUGUAUCAUGUACAUUGCUUACACUAUUACUAAUGAAGAAACUGCUUUAGGCCUUUUUUUUUUUUUUUUUUUUUUUUUUUUUUAUAUGUUAUCUUUGGUUUACACAUGUACUGUAUUUAAAACUGGUUGGUAACAAAACCAUUACACCUUAAUUAGAAACAUUGAUAAAGAUACUGUUAUGAAAGCCUUUUAUGAUAUUUUACCCAGUGCUGAGCUUAGUUACAUAAUGUACUUGAUAUAGAUCCUUCUUGCAUUUCUGUCAGCUUAUGCAAUUAUUACCUGGACACAUUCAUGGAAAAAAGCUGAGAUGUAUAAAAAGAAAUAAGUUGAAAUCUUUGUAUAUAAUAUUUGUAAAGGUUAGCAAUUAAAAAAAUGGUGAUUAA